AUGGUUGAUUUUGAUUUAGUUACAAUGCAAGCGCAAAAGGAAGCUCCUCCUGAUAUGCAAUGUAGGGACAAAUUCCUCCUUCAAAGCGUAAAAGUGAAUGAUGGUGUUACGGCAAAUGAUAUAACUGCAGAAAUGCUGGACGUGGUUGAGGAGUGCAAGUUGAGAGUGGUUUAUGUUUCCCCAGCUUCACCAGUACAAGAAGGGUCGGAAGAGGGGUCUUCAGCGGGAGUCUCUGUUUCAGAUGGGAGAUGUGUGCAGCUUAAGAUUUUGCUUCGUAUGUUUUUAUCAUUGCAUCUCUUGUUGUCUUUCAUCUUUUGGUAA